CAACGCCCCCGGCCCUCUCUCGGCGGCCGGGCCCGUGGCAUUUCCUCUGAGCUCACUCGGCGGCUGACGCGGCGCCGCUUCCCUCGGAAGAGGAAGCCUCGCAGCAAGCAGCGGCAGCAGGCAGGGGGGCGUGCGGCGGUGGGGAGCGGGGCGGCGGCGGCGCUGGGGGCGGCCGAAGGGGACGGCGGCGGCGGGGCCGGGCGCUCCCCGCCCGCGGGGCCGGGCGGCGGCCAGCAUGGCCCGAGCCCCCGCCGCGCCCCGGCCGUGUCCGACAGCCUGGACGUGCGCGUCCUGUGGCCGCUGGCCACCUGCCUGUGCACCGCGCUGCUCUGCCUCUGCCAGGCCCCGCGGGGCCGAGCGGCGGCGGGCGAGGAGGAGGAGGAGGAGGAAGGCGCGGCCGAGGCGGGCUCCGUGCCGCUGCUGAAGGGCUCGGCGCUGCUGCUGCUGGUGGCGGUGCUGCUGGGCAGCCUGCUGGCCCGCUGCUGCGGCUCGGCGGGGGGCGCUCAGCGGCACGGCACGGGGUCGGGCUGGGGGGCUGCCGCGGCUCGGCGGGGUGCCCUGGAGGGGUUCCACGCCCGGCAGCUGCGGCUCUCGCCCCACGUCCUGGGGCACAGCAAGGCGCACGUCGGCCGGGUGGUGGCCGAGCUGGUGCGCGCUGCCAAGGCGCAGGGGCUGCAGCCCGGCCCGCUGGCCCUCAGCCUGCGAGGGGACUUCGUGCGCAUCGGCAGCGCCUACGAGCAGCACAAGGUGCGAAGCCCAGACUGCUUCGACGUCCUGGUGCCGCUGCGCCUGCCGCCGCGCCUGGAGCCCGAACCUCGACGGGACCUGGGGCCGGGAUUGGGACCCGGAGCUGCCUUUGUGUGCGGGCUGCGGGCCCCUGCGGGGGCUGGUUGGCCACGCCGCUACCGGCCCUUCACCGAGGGCUUCUGCGUGGAGCCACAGGGCCGCUGCCUCCUCUCGUCAGCCCUGGUGCUGCGCUGGUUCCAGGGCCACCUGCAGCGCUGCCUGGGCGCCGUGCGGUAUCGGCUGCAGGAGCGCUGCCGCAUCAGCCUCUCGGCCUGCCCAGGGCGCCCGCCGACGCUUCACAUCUUGCCCUGCUCAGACUACGUGUGCUGCCACAUCUCCAUGGCUGUGCGCCUCAUCCCUGCCAUCCCGCUGGGCGACGCGCUCUACCUCACAGCCCUGCUGCCCGAGGGUCCGCAGGCAGCCCCGGUGCAGGAGGCCCUGUGGGGCCUGAACGCCUCGCGGCAGGAGCAGCGGCUGCUGAGCUGGCUGAAGGAGCAAGCCCCGGCCUCCUCCUGCCACCUCAAGUGCCUGCAGAUCCUCAAGGGCCUGCGGGACCUCCGCAGGCAGGGCCUGGAGGAGCCGUUCUGCUCGCAGUGGGGCCAGGUGCUCUCCUCCUAUGUGCUGAAGACGGCCCUCUUCUCCCUGCUGCUGCAGGGGCCCCUGGAGGCUUGGGAUGAGCGGUUCCUGGUGGAGCGGCUGGAGGACCUGGUGAUGUACCUCAGGGACUGCCUGCGCAAGCAGGUGCUGAUGCAUUUAUUCCUGGGCAAUACCAGCCUCCCCGAGGCCGUGGCGCUGCCCAGGUUCCUCAAGGAAGCCGCCCCUGUGAACUUGCUGGCUGCCUUCGACGGGCCCACGCUGGAUAUGGCCGCCUUCCAGCUGCUCUACACCUGGAGCCAGGCCCCGCACCUCAUCAGGGUGUACAGCAGACCCCGGUACCUGCGGCCAGCACCCGUCCCGUGCCGGCACGUCACCGAGGCCCGGCAGGAGCUGCACGGAGAGUGACCGGCAUUGCCUCUGUGCCCCGCCUGCCCAUCUGCCCAGAGCCCACGUCUCACCGAGGAAGGUGGGAUCUGCUGAAAUGUUCUGCAGUUUUGUCCCUGACCUGAGAAAACUAGGAAACCAAAGGCCAAGACUUAAGGAAAUUGUGAUUGCUUCAGUUUUUUAAUCUCAUCCUUGUUGGUUCGUGGAGAAUUGUGAAAUUUCUGGAGAAAUGCCUUAGUGGGGAAGUGUUAAAGUUCGGUCAGCUCCAAGCAACAAUUCUAGAAAUCUGUCUUAACUUGUUGUUUUAGUGGCAAAAUUGACCUUUUUCUGAGAUUUGCUUUUUAUCAUACAAAAUCCAUUUGGGAUUUAAAAAUCCCAUGAGUGCAAACAAAACCUCCUAAUGUACCAAGAUGCUCUUAAAAUGAGAUGAGCAUUAGAGCAUGGGUGCUGAUCUCAGUUUGAAAUGCUCAAUGACAUGAUUUAAAUUUCCUGUGUAAUCUAAUACAUCGUGCUGAAUGGAAAUAUAAUAUGCAUGCUAAUGUCGCAUCAUGGGAAGAAGUUAAACCUCUCUGAUGUGAAGAAUCUAGUUGUGCCUUUCUGUGUUAAAUGAAGGUUUUACUGAAGGAUUGAAAUAUGGAUAAAAAGAAACAAAUAGCACUUUAUUUUCACAAAGGCCUUCAUUCUACCAUAAUUGGCUGCUCUAAAUACUGGCUAUGGAGGAAGCAUUAGUAUUUUCAUAAAGGGAUGAUGUUUGAAUCAUCCGCAAGAAAACCUUCUUUUGACAGAAAUACUCGGGAGUCCAUUCGUGGGUUCUUGGUUUUUAACCUUUUUUUUUUUUUUUCUAACUUUUUCUCAGAAUUUUCUUUAAUACAAGGACCAACAACAAAA